CUCUGUUCAGUGUUCAGCUGAAAGCGAAAGUAAACCAGUCCGACAUUUUGUUGUGAAUCUGUUCAACAUUUCAGACGUGAAAUGGCGUUAAUGUGCUGAAACCUGCUGCUGUUUCUGUAACUGAAGUUGGGAGAUUUAUAUCGCGGUUCAGAAGCUGAUCUCAGACCUGCUGCAGUCCAGCACCGUUUCUACUGCUACUACCGCAGUCAUGUCUGACCCCAGUGACGUUCGGAUCACCUUAAUAGGAAAAACUGGUGUUGGAAAAAGUUCUGUGGGAAACACCAUCCUCGGCGAGAACAGAUUCCCUCGAGGUUUUGGCUCUUCAUCAGUUACCAGACGAUGUCAGAUGGAGAGUGCUGUGAUUGGAGACAGGAGUGUGACCGUUGUUGACACUCCAGAUUUUUUCCAUUCUACACAUGAAGAAGAUCUUGUCAGUGAGAUAGACCGUAGUGUGACAUUACCUUCUGCAGGAGUUCAUGUGUUUCUCUAUGUGUUAAAACCCACCACAUUUACACAGCAGGAGGCAGAAACAGUGUCACAGUUUAAACAGACCUAUGGAGAGGAAGUAUUUAGAUACACAAUAGUCCUGUUCACACAUGGAGAUCAGAUUCAACAUGAAGACAUGUGUAUGUUAAUCCCACAGAAUGAGCUCUUGAUGAAUUUAGUGACUCUCUGUAGUGGGAGAUUUACUGUGUUAAACAAUGACGCUCCAACAGACAGAGAUCAGGUUAAUUAUCUACUGGGUAUUAUAGACAGAAUGGUGUCUGAUCAGGAGAACAGCUUCUACACGCUGGAGAUGCUGCAGGAGGCAUCUAGGAGAGCUGAAGAACAGGCAAGAGCAGUGAAAUAUACAGUUAAACGUUGGUUUGUUAAUCAGCUGAAAUAUUUGUGUGUACUCGCAGUUUUCUCUCUAUCUAUGGGAUUUGUGUUCAGCAGAGGUUCUGCAGACAGAUGGAUGUUCGUACAUGGCUGUGGUUUGGGAGGGUCAGCAGCAGCUUUGGGACUGAUUACAGGAAAGCUCUGGGGUCUGAUAUGGAGAAGUCAGUUAAAGAUGUCUUGCUCAUCACCUCAAGAGCGUCCUAAAGUUUUCCACCAGUGCUUGAAAAAAGGUUUUGGUGUCUUCUGUGGUGGUUUAUUUGGGUCAUCUGUAGGCUUCGCUGGUUCAGACCAGACACCAGUGAUACUGUUAGCAGCGCUAGCUGGAGCUGUUGGAGCUUAUACUGCAAUGCACAGUGGACUGUAAACAUUAUACUGAAUAUGAACCUACACUAGCAGUAUAAAGGUGAGACGUGUUGUGACUGUGAGAUCUGUGAGGUUCAGUCACUAAUCACUAUAAAACAUCUACAGAAAUCUACUGAACACUUUCACAUCAUCUGUAUAGAAUUGUUCUAGACACACAAAAGCACUCUGUAUCCCUCUCCCUGAUUAUAUUAGUGAUAAUUAUACGUAACUGUGGUGAUGUACUUGUUUUAUGUCAGUAAUAUGAUGUGUUUGAUGCAGUUGUCACUCUUCUGUUUGUUAUAUUGUCAUCACCUCAUGGACAAGCUGGUGAGGGUUCAGUAGGAAGAAAAAUAUCCAUGACAACAUCCACAGCCUAGAAGAGCUGGUGUGAACAUUCAUAAAGAUCAAUAUCAAUAAAUUCAGCUGUUAUUUUUC